UUUUUUACAAUCGUUUGGAAUUUGUUUCUUGAAUCAUUUUUUAAAAAUAAUUUAUGAAAUUAACUAAAAGCUUUUUGAAAUAUGUCUACAAUACCAGAAAUAGAUGAAGCUGAAGAAGAUGCAUUACUUCAAAGUGAUGAAGACGAAGUGGGAACUGAGGAGGAUAUUCAGGAAGAUAUGGAUGAAGAUGACUUGAGCGACGACGAAGAAAAAGAUCUCAGAGAAUAUUUGAAAUUAUUAGCAGAAAUAUCUAGUAAUACCUUAAAUUACGAUACAUACAUAAAAUUGACACAAACCGCACAUAAACUUGGUGAUUUGGAAAAAAUUCGUGAAUCGUAUAAUCUCUUUGCAAAUGUCUUUCCUCUCGCUUCUGAUAUAUGGUUGAAAUUCAUUUCUGUUGAACGUAAUAUAAGUACUUCAGAAAGUGAAAUCAAUAAUGUGGUAAACCUUUUUAAAAAAGCAUUGAAUGAUUAUUUUUCUACCAGCGUCGCUCUGGAUUAUGCAAAAUUUCUUUCAAAAGUUUCUGACGAAAAAAAAGUUCUUGAAAUAUGGUCGGAACUUCUGGGAACUUAUUCAUUAGAUUGUUACUUUGGUAAAAAUUUCUUUUCGUUAUAUAGAAAAUAUAUUGAACAAUCUUCUUUGAGUAAUGAAGACAAGUUAAUGAAAGUUGCACAAAGCUAUAUGAGAGAACUUCAAAUUCCUUUAUAUGAAAUGGAAAAUAGUUACAUUGAUUUUAAAGUGCUUUAUGAAAAAAACAAAGAGAAAUUAGAAAUAGUAGUUGAUUGGGAUAGAAUAGAUAAAAAUUAUAAAAGGGCGAAGGAAGAUCUUCAGAAAAUGUUACCGUAUGAAGAACGUUUGAAAAAUCUCGACCAAAAAUUCUACCAAGAAAAAGCUGUCGCGUAUUUAGAUUAUAUAAAAAUGGCCGAUGAAGAAUUAGAAGAAAACAUCAUUCAAGUUUUAUACGAAAGAAUGGUUACCGAUUGCUGUUUAAAUGAAAAUUGCUGGCUUGAAUAUAUUGAUUUUAUUUUAAAGCGGGACGAAGAUGGAAAGCCUGAAGAGCUUGAAGAUUUUCCAGUAUUUCAACAAACAGCUCUUGAUAUAAAUGUUAGAGCUCUUCGUAAUUGUACUUGGAGUCCUAAAUUGUAUAUAAAAAAAUUGUAUAUUUUGGAAGAAAUUCAACAACCUAAACAGGAAGUUCAAAAAGCAUUUGAGAAAGCAUUGGAAGCAGGUUUUGAUUCACCUGAACCAUAUGUUUCGCUAUGGCUUGAAUAUUUAUCUUAUAUAAGGAGAAAUACGGACUAUGAAAGUGAAAGUGAUAUUGAAAUAUUAAGAAAAAAUUUUGAUCUUUCUUGGAGCGCUUUAGGUAAACAAUGGGGGGUUUUAGCAGAUUGUAAUUGCGAAAUCUUACAAUUUUGGGGUAGAUUGGAAUAUGGACCUUUUCGAAAUCCUGAGAAAGGUAAAGAACUAUGGGAUACAGUUAUGGCAAGUUCGGACAAUUCCUCAAAAUCAGCUUUAUGGAUUGAAUAUAUUCACAUGGAAAUGCGAGUCAACCCAGAAUCUGCAAGAAAAUUGUUUAAGAAAUCUCUCUCUUUUGAUCUUGACAAUCCUUACUCCAUUGUCUCUGCUUGGAUAAGAUUCGAAAGAUGUAAUGGAUCUCAAGUUAAUCUUGAUUAUUGUCAAAAAUAUUGUGAAAAUUUUUUGAAAGAUCUCGAUAGUAAAUACAAAAUGAAGAGUCACAAAGGAAAGCAAAAUGUGUCUGAAAAAAAAGGUAUAAAAAGGAAAUCCUUUGCCAUAAAUGAGGCUCCAGUUAAAAAGGCCAAAACUGAUGAAGAAAUACCAAAAAAAGGAACUGAGUUGUUCUUAAAACCUUCAACGCCUAAUCCAAGUUUUAAAUCGAAAGACGUUAAAGAACACGAAGAUGAUGAUAUUGAUUUCACAAAAGACCAUUUAAGGAUAUUUUUAAGCAAUUUAGAUUACAAUCUUACUGAAGAGCAGAUAAAAAGUGGUUUACCCGAAUUAAAAAUCGUUAAUAUAGAUUUAAUAAAAGCUGCUAAUGGUAGAAGCAGAGGAUUUUGUUACCUAGAAUUAUCUUCAGAAGAAGAGGUAAAAAAAGCUUUAUCUUUAGACAGAAAAAUGCUUGAAGGUAGACCUAUGUAUAUCUCCAGCGUACUAAGAGAUAAAGAAAAACGACAGAAAUUCAAAUAUUCAGGAGGAAUAGAACCUAGAAAAGUAUUUGUUAAAGGACUUCCAUAUGAUAUAACACAGGAAGAAUUGCGAGAACUUUUUGAACCUUUUGGUAAAAUAAGUGAUAUUCGAAUUGUUUAUCACAAAAGUGGAAAACCAAAAGGUAUUGCUUAUAUUGAAUAUGAAAACGAAAAUUCAGCUUCUUUAGCAACACUUAAAUUAGAUAAUUAUGAAUUAAAAGAACAUAAAAUAAAUGUUGCUAUAUCAGCUCCCCCACCUAAACAAUCUGAAAAAUCACAACCAUUUAACAUUAAUAAAAUGUUAGGAAUUGGUAGCGCAAAAUCAUCUAAUAUCAAAAAGCCUAGAAUGAGUUUUCUAAUUCCAGCUUCUGUUCAAAGGAACAUAUCUGGCAAAAGUGCCAGCAACUCAACUAACUCAAAUGGAAGCGCACCACUAAAAACCAACGAGGAUUUCAGAAAAUUUUUGAACAAAUAGACACUAAGAAUUUUAUUUAAAGUUGGAAAUAAAUAUAAUUUUGA